CAGGAUUUAAGACUUUUAAAUGCUGUAGAAGACUCUCAGGAUUGUAAAUAAGGAUCUACCCGGGAACGAUGGUGGGACUCGGGAGCUACUGUGAGCCGGGCAUCUCCAUGCGGCGGGCGUGGGUGGACGACGGCCUGACGCUCUGCUUCUUCUUCACCCUGGUCCCGUCCGUCCUCGCCAGUCUGGCGGUCCUUUUGGGAACCUUCCACUGCGUCUGCUACGCUCGCCACGGCACCAGGAUGGAGCCCCGGUUCAUCCCGCGCUCCAGACUUUACGGGUCACAGGUGGGACUGACGGCUCUGCUGGUCCUGCAGGCGCUGGUGUGGAUGGUACUUCGGUUGGCGUCGGACGCGCAGGUGCCCGGAUACGUGGUGCUCUACGGGUGUCUCUAUGCCCUCGGGUGGGCGUGGGCCUUAGGGCUGCUGAGAGUGGAGAGGAAGAGGGUGCUGGUCAGGGACCGGACGAGAGGACACAGCGCCGUGCUGCUGCUCUACUGGACGAUAGCUUUCGUGGCUGAGAACCUGGCGUUGGUGUCGUGGGCGAGUCCGAAGUGGUGGUGGGGACUGGAGAACGCAGAACAACAGGUGGCGUUUGGGUUCUGGCUGCUUCGUUAUCUCUGCACCGGAGCGCUGUUCGUCUUGGGCCUCAAAGCUCCGGGACUGCCGCGCCGACCCUACGCCCUCCUGGUCAACGAGGACGAGAGAGACGUGGAAAGUGGCGGACAGCCUUUGCUGGGUGGGGCAGCGCAGAACCAGUCGGCGUGGCGGGACUUCAGAAAGAAGGUGCGUCUCCUGCUGCCCUACAUGUGGCCGAGCGGCAGCCUGUUCCUGCAGGUCCUGGUGGUCCUGUGCCUCGGGCUGCUGGGCACCGAGCGCGCCAUCAACGUCUUCGUCCCCAUCUACUACAAGAACAUAGUGAACGAGCUGACGGCUGGAAGUCCCUGGAAGACCCUGGCGUUCACCGUGUGCAUCUACGUCCUGCUGAAGUUCCUGCAGGGUGGCGGCGCUGGUUCCUCAGGGUUCGUCAGCAACCUGCGCUCGUUCCUGUGGAUCCGGGUGCAGCAGUACACCAGCCGCGUGGUGCAGGUCCGGCUCUUCGCCCACCUGCACUCGCUGUCUUUGCGCUGGCACCUGCAGCGCCGCACCGGGGAGGUCCUGCGCAGCAUCGACCGCGGGACCUCCUCCAUCGACAGCCUGCUCAGCUACAUCGUGUUCAGCAUCUUCCCCACCAUCGCCGACAUCAUCAUCGCCAUCGUUUACUUCAUCUCCAACUUCAACGCCUGGUUCGGACUCAUCGUCUUCGUUUGCAUGGUGCUUUACCUCACUCUCACCAUCAUAAUCACUGAAUGGAGGACCAAGUACAGGCGAGAAAUGAACACCAUGGACAACAACACCAAAGCCAAAGCCGUGGACUCGCUGCUAAACUUUGAGACGGUGAAAUAUUACAACGCCGAGAACUACGAAGUCAGCCGCUUCGAAGACGCCGUCCUCAAAUACCAGUCUCUGGAGUGGCUGACCAACGCCUCCCUGGCUCUGCUGAAUCAGACGCAGAAUCUGAUCAUCGGUUUGGGUCUGCUGGCCGGCUCGCUGCUCUGCGCUUAUUUUGUCAGCGAGGGGAAGUUCCAGGUCGGAGAUUACGUUCUGUUCGGCACCUACAUCAUCCAGCUCUACACGCCCCUCAACUGGUUCGGCACCUACUACAGAGUGAUCCAGAGAUCUUUCAUUGACAUGGAGAGCAUGUUCAAGCUCUUCGAUGAAGAAGAGGAGGUGAAGGACGACGUGAACGCGGCAAGCCUUCAGUACAAGCUGGGCAGGAUCGAGUUUGAGAACGUCUCCUUCAGCUACAUAGAAGGGAAGGAGAUUCUGAAGGACGUUUCGUUCACCGUACUUCCGGGCCAGACGGUAGCGCUGGUGGGUCAGUCGGGGGCGGGGAAGAGCACCAUGGUCCGCCUGCUGUUCCGCUUCUACGACGUUCAGGGUGGCUGCAUCCGCAUCGACGGCCAGGACAUCAACAAGGUCAAGCAAGCUUCGUUACGUGCCCACAUUGGCGUCGUGCCCCAGGAUACCGUCCUCUUCAACGAUAACAUUCAGGAGAAUAUCCGCUACGGCCGAAUCACCGCCUCGGACCAGGAGGUGGAGGACGCAGCCAUCGCUGCCGACAUCCACGAUAAGAUUCUCUCCUUCCCUGAUGGUUACAGCACACAGGUGGGUGAGAGGGGCCUGAAGCUAAGUGGAGGAGAGAAACAGAGGGUGGCCAUCGCUCGAACCAUCCUCAAAGCUCCUCAGAUCAUCCUGCUGGACGAGGCCACUUCUGCCCUGGACACGCAGACUGAGCGAAACAUUCAGGCCUCGCUGGCUAAAGUGUGCGUCAACAGAACCACCAUCGUGGUGGCCCACAGGUUAUCAACGAUCAUCGGUGCGGAUCAGAUCCUCGUUCUCAGAGAUGGACAGAUUGCAGAGAGAGGAAGUCACGAGCAGCUCUUGGCUAAAGCAGGCCUCUACGCCGACAUGUGGCUGAAACAGCAGCAGACGUCCGACUCCGACUCGGCGUCCGACACGGAAACCAAAGACGUGCGGCCAGAGAAACUACAGCCCCCAGAAUCCUCUGCUCCUCCCAGGCAUCACUGAGGGGCUAACACUGAGCAGAGCAGAGAGGAUUGUGGGUAUUGGAGGACUGGGAAGGGUUCACGUUGCAGUUGAAUUUGAUUAGCUGUACAAUUAGAUGGACAAUACAGGGCCAAAAGUAUGUGGACGCCCCUCCGGAUUAUUGAACAUAGGUCUAUGAGCCACACCAUAACUUACAAGUGUAGGAAAUCAGUGGUACACAAUAGCAUAUAUGCUUCCAACUUUAUAGCAGCAGUUUGGGGAAGGCCCACAAAGCUUUUGGGAUGAAUUGGAAUGCUGAUUGUGAGCCAGACCUUCUCAUCCAGCCAGGGUACAAAUUCCAACAGGCACACUUCUAAAUGUUGCUGAAGGCCCUAAGAUUUACAUAGUUGGCAUUAAGCGGACUUACAGUAUACAGUUUUUAAUCAAUUGAGGGUUAAGGGCCUUGCUCAAGGGCCCAACAGUGGCAACAUGGCAGUGGUGGGGUUUGAACCAGCAACCUUAUUUAUGAUCACUAGUUCAGUACUCUAACCACUAGGCUACAACUGCCCACACAAGAGGAGGCUGGUUCAGCUCAUGGUCAGGUGUCCACAUACUUUUGAGUAUCUGACGUGUCUGACUUUCCUCUAACAGCGACUGACUGAGAAUAUAUUUUUAAACUGACUCGAGUUCUUCACUACUAAGACUAUGAAGAAGCUGUUAGAAAUUCCAUAAAUAUAAGGACACGUCGAAUGUUGGUAGAUUUUCAAAUUUUAAUUAUUUUCUUUAAUUUACAUUUAGGUUGUUUUUGUCUUUGUUUUGUUGUUUUUUUAGGGAAUAAGAAAUUUUUCUGGGUUUCUUUAUAUGUUACAGAGCUCAAUUCCAAAAAAGUUGGGACAGGUGAUGAAACAAAGAAAAAAGAAUGUAGAAAUCUACUGAUUUCUAAACACAUUCUCAUUCCUGUGUCAGUGUGCUGGGGUUGUAAUGUAGAACCAACAGAGGGAUCACAAAAGCAGUUUGUAAACCUUUCGAUAAUUUUAUGCACUGUAGAGGGUAAAACACCUCAAAUGUUUGCAGUCAACAAGGAAAUUUGCUUAAAUAUUAAAUAUUGGCCUCUCAGGUGGCGCAGCGGUAAAGUACGCUAGCGCACCAGAGUUGGGGUCUCGAAUACAUCGUAUCGAAUCUCAGCUCUGCCUUUUCGACUGGGCUGGGCGGCAUGAACAACGACUGACUUUUCAGGGUUGUUCAGGGUUAGAGGGUAAGAAAGUCGGAUCAUGGGUCCUCAUAACUGGUGCGACUGCGGCCCCUGUUGGCCGACUGAUGGCGCCUGCACAGGGCUGAGGAAUAAUGCUGAUGGGGGUGUGGUCCUCCGUACACGGUGCCCGUCGGUGUAUGAACUCGACUCGUGCAGGUAAAAAAUGCAGUCUGUACUGACUGUACGUGCCGGAGGAGGCGUGUCAGUCGAGAGGCGUCCUCAGUCAGCGGUGAAGGGUCGAAUCAGUAUAGAAGACGCAAUCAGGGGAAUUAGACAUGACUAGAUUAGGGGAGAAUAUAUGAAAUAUUGGAUUAUUCACUCAUGCUGUUGUGUCGGCUCUUGUUUUACCCAACAUUUUACCACACUCUUACAUCUUGAAUUGCUCCUGUUUCAGGUUUUGAAGCACAAUCAUGCAUUAAUUUUCGAUUUUUAGAAGUUUAAGGAUUUGUUUUCGUUUGAUUGAAGGUCAAACUGGGUUUUCUAAUCACUAGUUUUUGCAUUUCACAUUGUGUCCCAACAUUUCUGGAAUUGAGGCUUGUAUGUACUGUACCUGUGUAACUGACUUUUAAGUUUGAUAAUAUGGGCAUUGGUUUAAAUUAGUGCUAUAUAUAUUUAUAUGGAUUACUAUUUGUUUGUUUGUUUGUUUGUUUGAAUGAAUCAAAAAUAUGUGGACAUCUUUUUUUCUUUGUUUUAUAAUGUUCAUAAUGUGUAAUUGUGUGAAAGCGAUGAUGGUUUUUGAAAAACGAAGUAUAUUUAUGGACUUGUGGGUUGUUUAUGGUGUUUUUAAUACUACUUUAGUUAUAAAGUGAUCAAGGUACCAGAGACACAGAA